CAACUCAAAGAAGAAGGAAGAACAAGCAAUAUCCUCUUAGGGCUUGUUUGGCUUAGCUUAAGUUAGAAUCUCAGAAUAAGCGUUGCAAUAGAGGGUCUGAAAGACUCUAUAAUGAACUACAAUAGCUCCAUUUUGGGUUCUGGUAGUAGAACUACAAGCAGAACAUUUGAAUUUGGAAGGACUUAUGUCGUGAGGCCAAAAGGGAAGCACCAGGCAACUAUAGUUUGGUUACAUGGCCUUGGCGAUAAGGGCUCAAGCUGGUCCCCCCUCUUGGAAACACUGCCUCUUCCAAAUAUUAAAUGGAUAUGCCCAACUGCUCCUACUAGGCCAGUAGCAAUAUUUGGGGGAUAUCCUUGCACUGCUUGGUUUGAUGCUGGGGAUCUUACAGAAGAUGCGCCAGAUGAUGUGGAAGGCUUAGAUGCUUCUGCUGCUCAUAUUGCCAAUCUAUUGUCAACAGAGCCAGCCGACAUCAAACUUGGCAUAGGAGGCUUUAGUAUGGGUGCUGCAACUGCUCUCUACUCUGCGACAUGCCGCAUAUUAGGACAUUAUGGGAAUGGAAACCUGUAUCCAGUUGCCCUAGAUGCAAUUGUCGGUUUGGGUGGCUGGCUUCCAUGUUCAAGGACCUUGAGGAACCGAAUGGAUAAGUCGCUUGAAGCUGCAAGGCGUGCAGCAUCAUUGCCCAUUUUGCUCUGCCAUGGAUCAGCGGAUGAUGUGAUAGCCUAUAAACAUGGAGAGAGAUCAGCACAGGCCUUGAGUUCAAUGGGAUUCCGGAAUCUUAUCUUCAGAACCUACCACGGAGUGGGUCAUUACACAGUUCCAGAAGAGACAGAUGAAGUCUGUACUUGGCUAACAGCAAGGUUAGGGCUUGAAGGGUCAAGGCGUUGAUGUGAAGAAGGAUGGAGAGAUUGAGAAGAAUAGUAGAGGAAGAAUUAUACUAGACUUGUAAAAUUAGAUGCUUUUGAUGUGGGGAAUGUACGGUAUAGCUGCCAUGAUUCUUAGUUUCUUCCAUCAUGCUAAUUCUAUCUUUUACUAAAUAAAAAAUUUUUGUGCCAUGAUC